AUAGGUUAUUCGGGUCAGAGUUGGUUGUCUCUGUUCGGGUAAUAAAAUUACAAGCAGGAAAAGUUGGGAAGUUUUGAAAACGCUUUAUUCACAGUUUAUAUAAAAUUUUUGGCCACCUCAUAAUUAUUUUAAUGCAAAUAAGGGCCUUUUUCUACAACAAUAAAUAGAAAUGUUUUAUAUUAUUGGUUUGGGACUGGGAGACUGCAAAGAUAUCACAGUGAAAGGUCUGGAAAUUGUCAGGAAAUGUGAUAGAGUCUAUUUAGAAGCCUAUACUUCAAUUUUAACAUGUGGUGUAGAAGUUCUCGAGAAGUUUUAUGGACGGAAAAUAUUGAUAGCUGAUAGAGAUUUAGUAGAACAAGGUGCAGAUGAUAUAUUGAGUGGAUCUGAAGAACAAGAUAUUGCAUUACUCGUUGUGGGAGACCCUUUUGGAGCAACAACACAUACAGAUCUCAUUUUGAGAGCACGAGAUAGGGGCCUUUCCUUUCAAGUAGUUCAUAAUGCAUCAAUUUUAAAUGCUGUAGGUUGCUGCGGUCUACAGUUAUACAGCUUUGGAGAAACCAUUUCAAUUCCUUAUUGGACUGAGAACUGGAAACCAGACAGUUUUUUUGAAAAAAUAACUAAAAACUAUCAAAACAAGUUACACACCUUAUGUUUAUUGGACAUUAAAGUUAAAGAACCUACAGUGGAAAGUUUGACCAGAAAGAAAAGAGAAUAUAUGCCUCCUAGAUUUAUGUCUGUAAGUGAAGCCUCUGACCAACUUCUUGAAAUAGUACAUAAGGUUAAGAAAACUGCUGAGAAUGUAGUAAUAACAGAUGAAACUUUAUGUGUAGGACUUGCAAGAGUAGGCUCAGAUACACAAAAAAUUGUUGCCUGUAGUUUACGUGAAAUGUCGAAAUUUGACUUGGGUGGACCUUUACAUUCUCUCAUUAUAGUAGGUCCAGAAAUACAUCCUCUUGAGCAAGAAUUCUUAGAACAAUAUCGAUUGUGAUAACGUUUCUAAAUAAAAUAUAUUUUAUCCAAAUU